AUGGGGCCUGCAGGACAGGGCGGGGACUACCGCAACAACAUCAAGGCUGCGCUAAGCAACGUCUACGAGAACGGAGUUUACCAGGCCGGCUACAGUGGCUUAGUCCAUCCAUACAGCAACACGCCCAACACCGUGGCCUACUUCGUUGGCGCUGUGUGGAACUGGGUUUGCAACUAUGACCUGGAAGCCAAAGUGGGCCCCUACACGACGUCCGACGCCAACUGCUACUGCGACAACGAGCCCUGGAACGGCCGCGGAGGUGGAGAGCGCGACUACCCCCGGAACGCCGUGAUCGUGUACUGCGGGCUCUACGACAUCCGUGGGGACCGAGAAAUGGUCUGCGACUUCAUCACCACCAAGGACCCCUCGCAGGAUCCCUCAGGCGCGAACAAGCCUUGGUCGGACGUCCGUCGUGGGGACACGCUGCGGAUGGACAGUUGGCCGUAG